AUGCAGUCAAAUACCCCUCCUGUAACUGCAACGAAUGCUACCGCCAGGCUUGAGAGAAGCCACCCCGGAGUACGCCGUUCCACGCCCGACUCGGAAGCGCUGGCUUCUUCAGACGAUGACGGAGAGCAUGCGCAACUCCAUACCAUCACCGCACCUCCAACAAAACCAGCUCGUCGGACAUCAUGGCUCAACGAGGUACCACUUGCAGUCCAACGUAAGCACUCUCUGUCAGGAGGCCCUCUGACUGGUAGCCCGUCGAACCCUGCAAGCCCGUCAACUGAUCAGCCUCCUUGGGCAACAAACCCAAGCCCUGGGCUGAGCGGGUCUUUUAAUUGGAAUCAACCCGGGAACAGCUCUUUCCCAUGGAGCACGGGAAUUUGGAACAACCCUGAUUCUCGCAAGGAACCACCGCCCCGUCUUUCCGAAAUAGUGCCCUCUCCGACCAUGACCAACCCUCCUCCCGCGCCUGGUUCUAUCGGCGAAGAAAUGCCGAGUCCUAUCACUCGGACUAUCUCGGGAGAAUCAGCGAUUCCAUUUCAGAUUCCACUGCAGCCAACUCCUAAAACAUACCGCUCCCAGUCCUACUCUGUCGGUCAACUGGAUCCCGAGUACCUAAGUAUGAUGGCGAACAAGCCCGGCGCGGGCGCUGCGUAUCCGGGCGGUCGCUCUCGUGGUCCGGGACAGUUGUCUUCUGGUCAGCCGAGAGCGUCACGACCGAGUGUGCUUGGCGAGCUUGGACAUGAUCCUGCUAUGCUCGGCCGCGUACGUGAAGAUGAGGACGGUGACGAAAGUUUGAAUGGCUCUGAUGGUGAUAUGAACUACGCCGCUACCCAAGCCCGGACCAUCGAGCAGCUGGCGCGCGAGAACGCACUUCUUCGUCAAGCUGCUGCUGCAGGCCAGAUGGACAACCGGUAUCGUGAUCGAGCAAAUUCUUCCGCUUCUGCCACUGGAACCCACUCGCUUCAUCGUAUCCGAGGUGGUGUUCCAGAGGAGCAAUUGGGCGUUGAUGAUUUGGACGAAUUGCGCGAUAUCCCUGGUUACAGUAACAUGCGCAGCAACACAAGACGACGAUUUUCUGAGCACUCGGCGAACCUUGAGCAACAAUUCCAAUCUUUCCCGUCCCCGUUGGAGAAUCGUGCACUUGAGAAUGUCCGCAAAGCUCAUUGGCAAACAUCCCUAGGAUUCAGCGGCGUCGCAGAUAUGCCUCAGAGCCGUCGUCAUUCAUUUGCCGAUAUUCCGAUGCGCCAUGCUUCUGUUGGCUCCAUUGAGUCGCAUUCUACGGCUACUCCUCGGGCUGGGCUCGGAGAUCACGAUGAUGGCUAUGGCAACAUCGACUACUCUAACCAGAACCCGUCGGCGCAAGCCCAAUAUUAUUCCCGCGAGCAAACACUCCGUGGUGAUGGAUCGUCUGGUCUGCCGGCUUCCCUCAGUCAAUAUGCGAUGUCUGGAGCCUAUGGCCGUCAACCCCCAGCUCUGUCCCAUGCCCAUCAAAAUCAGUUACUGUACAUUGUGACAUUCAAAUGCCACCGUGCCGAUGUAUUCUACAUUCAAGAGGAUACCGGACUGCAGGUGAAGGCAGGCGAUCUCGUCAUUGUCGAGGCUGAUCGUGGUACGGAUCUGGGCACCGUCGAGCAUGCAAAUAUCUCACUCCAGAAGGCGCGAGAGCUCAAACAGAAGUAUGCAGACGAACACUACAGAUGGCUUAUGAUGUUCUCCCGGCAAGGGCAAAUGGAAGGAUCGAAUGUGACUCCUUCGGGUAUUAACAGCCGCAGCGCAACAGGCGGCAUGGGUCCUCAUGCUCAUGGGGCACAAGACCCCGCGACAGAGAUAAAACCCAAGCUUAUCAAGCGUCUCGCUCAGAACCAUGAGAUUCUGACUUUGCGCGACAAGGAGGGCAAUGAGGCCAAAGCGAAGAGAGUUUGUCAGCAGAAGGUCGCUGAGCAUCGGUUGAAUAUGGAGAUUCUUGAUGCCGAGUUCCAAAUGGACUGGAAGAAGCUUACUUUCUACUAUUUCGCGGACUCUUACAUCAACUUCAACUCGUUGGUCACGGACUUGUUUAAGAUCUACAAGACCAGAAUCUGGAUGUCCGCAAUUAACCCCGCUUCCUUUGUGACACCGCCAACUGCUGCCCUGCAAGGUGCGGGUGCUAUCAGCAAUCCGCUCUACAGUCAGGACGCACCGCCCUCUGAGCGCCGCCACCAGCCUGACGGCCGUCCUUAUGGCGGGCGAGACGGCGCUGAUGCCGGCCUCGAGGGAAUGGCCAACCCCGGCGUGCUUCGCACCCCGUUCACAGAUUCAUACCAACCAUUCGCCCAACCUACCCAUCAAGACGCGCAGCCUGACCCAUUUGCCCCGUACUCGCCCACCAGCUACGGUCCUCUGGAGACAGGCUUCUCUGAAUUCUCAGGUGGCGCCGGCACCAACGGCGCCCGCAUGCACCCGACACAAACGGAAUGGGUUGGCCGAUUCCAGGGCCUCUCGCUCAAUUCCUAA